GGACUUAUACUGCAGCAACCACUGGUCUAUGAUGAAUUUGAUUUAGCAGCUGAAUUAAUUUUAACAAAAUGAGAGCCGGCAUGAUGUGGGGUUUUAUCUUUUCUGUCUGCAUCAUUUUUACACCAGCCUGCUGGGGAGCUCAGGGGAAGUAUGCACAGAGGCUGCUGAACGACCUGUUCAGAAACUACACCAGUGCAAUGAGACCAGUGGAGAACACCAACGAUAUCUUAAACGUCACACUACAGAUUACACUCUCCCAAAUCAUUGGCAUGGAUGAGCGUAACCAGAUUCUGACAGCGUAUUUGUGGAUACGGCAAGUGUGGACCGAUGCAUAUCUGACCUGGAAUAAAGAUGAUUAUGAUGGACUCGAUACCAUCCGCAUACCUGGUAGUUAUGUAUGGAGACCUGAUAUUGUCCUUUAUAACAGUGCGGACGACCAUUUUACAGGCACCAUGGACACCAAUGUAGUUAUCCGCUAUGACGGACAGAUCAUGUGGGACUCUCCAAUCAUCACCAAAAGCUCCUGCAAAGUAGACGUGUCAUUUUUCCCUUUUGACGCCCAGCAGUGCCGCCUCACCUACGGCUCUUGGACCUAUAACGGCAAACAGCUGGACAUUCUCAAUGCCUUGGAGAGUGCAGACCUGGCUGACCUGGUGGAUAAUGUGGAGUGGGAGGUGCUGGGGAUGCCAGCAAAAAAAAACGUAAUCCAGUAUGGCUGCUGUGCUGAUCCCUACCCGGAUGUGACCUACACACUAAAGCUGAAGAGAAGGGCCUCCUUUUAUGUGUUCAAUCUGCUGAUUCCUUGCGUCAUGAUCUCCUUCCUCGCACCGCUGGGCUUCUACCUGCCUGCCGACUCUGGAGAGAAGGUGUCUCUGGGAGUCACUGUGAUGUUGGCACUGACCGUUUUUCAGCUUCUUGUGGCUGAGAUUAUGCCCCCCUCUGAGAAUGUGCCACUUAUAGGGAAAUAUUACAUAGCCACCAUGACCAUGAUCACUGCCUCCACUGCUCUCACCAUCUUCAUCAUGAACAUCCAUCACUGUGGCCCAGACGCAAAACCUGUGCCUGAAUGGGCUAAGACGUUCAUCCUGCAGUACCUGGCCAGGAUCUGCUUCGUCUAUGAAGUCGGAGAGAACUGCAUGACCCCACAGCCCGAGAAACCGGACCCCCCACCUCAGACACAGCCACAGCAUAUGAACGGCCGAGCAGGCAAGGACGACCUCGUCUUCAAAUUCGACAGAGGUCAAGACGGUAUGCCUUUAAAGCCUUCAGAGGAAAAAGGGGACAUGUCUCAGAUUCUGUCCCCAGCCUGUUCGAUAGGGCCAAAUCCCACCAAUCAAUACAGCGUCUGGAAGAACGGAGUGUUCCUGAGUUUGGAAGGUGGGGAUGGUGUGUCCACACCAGGUGUAGGAGUAAAGGACAGGGACCGGUCUGGAGGACAGGAGGAUGGAGGUAGGCAGUGUGGUGAGGAAAGGAUGCAGAGCAUCACUGAUCAAGAGCAUAAUUUCAGGAACAUUGAGUAUAUUGCUAACUGUUAUCGAGACCAGAGAGCCACACAGAAGAGAACAGGAGAGUGGAAGAAGGUGGCCAAGGUGUUGGAUCGCUUCUUUAUGUGGAUUUUUUUCAUCAUGGUGUUUUUCAUGAGUCUGCUCAUUAUGUGCAAGGCCAUCUGAGCCAGUCUGGUGUGUUUUCCACUGUAUAGUACCUGCAUACACUUUUUAUUUUAUUUCAUAGCAAGAUGCACGACUGGGUGGACAAUGAGAGGUUGAAAAAUGUACGGAAAAUUAGCAUUGGAUGAAAGUGUGGUUUACCUAGAGGUGAGCAUAUGUCAAAAUGCUCAUGGUGACCAUUGAUUUAUUAAAUUAGUUUAAUUACCAUCAUAUUUUACCAAGGCAGGGUGGACAGCAUAAUCUUUACUUCAGUUAUUAUGGAGAAAAUAGAAGAAAGUAUAAGUGAAACUAGAAGGGAAAAUUUGUGCAUGAACUGUAAUUUGGCUUGGAAAUAUGUGCUAAUAAAAAUUUAAAACUGCUUUAAUUCAGUACUACCUUAAAUCCAAUUCCACCUUAAAACCAAUACUACCUUAUACUCAUUGCCACCAUUAACCUUGAAACACUUAAUAAAUUGUUGAAGUCCAGAAACCUUUUUCUAAAUUAUGAAAUGCCACUACUUUUGUCUGAUAAAGAAGUGUCCAUAAACAUUUGGCUAAAUGGUGGAAAGCAAAUACUGCUGGCAUAUAGAACUGUGUCCAAAAACUUUUGGUUAAAUAUUGGUAAGAAAGCCUUUGGCCAACAGCUAGUUUAUACAGCAGCUCCUCCAUACACAGAUAAUACUGAGGAGCGAUCAAUCAGCAUCUCGUCGUUCUACAUAUCGUCGAGUUUCGUGGUUCUAACAAAAAAUUGUGACCUAUAGAACUGUUUGAAUUUCUUGACAAAGGUUUGCAGACACUUUUGAAUGGGUUCCUAUGGCGAAAUGUCCAACCUUAAAAAUGUCGGCCGUAUGAAAACUUUAUAAUGCUCCAAAAAGCACAAGCAGAAAUUUUGCAAUAGAAUAAUAAUAAGAAAAAGAAGAUUAAAGAA